CCUAGCUCGUCUUCUUUCCAGAAACAAUUCUAUCCAUCAAAACCUAGCUACUCAUCUUCUUUCCAAAACAAAUCUUUCCGAAACCAAGAAAAGCAAGAGAAGAUCGAGAAACAUGCAGAAAGAAUUUCCGAUGGAGGAGAGCAGAGGCAAUCAACUUCCUGGCCAGAGGUUCUGCCCCAUGGAAGAUGAACUAGUUCUCUUCUACCUCAAGCCCAUGUUGUGCGGACAGAUCGUGCCCGGCAGAAACCGCGUGGUGUUCGACUGCGACCUCUACGGUCACCAAGAACCUUGGGAGAUAUGGGAGGCCUUCAAGACCAAAAGACCACACGACUUGAGGCUCAACAAGGACAUUUACUUCUUCACCCAACACAAGAAGAUGAGUUCCACAGCCAAGCGCGUACGCCGGAAUGUUGGAAGUGGCACCUGGAAGGGCGACGACUCCGGCAAGCCAGUACGAUCUGUUGAAACUGGUCGUGUUGUUGGCUUGAAGAAAAGAUAUACUUACAAGAACGAUGACUCGGUUCACAACGGCUGUUGGAUCUUGUAUGAGUUCUACCUUGAUCAAUCACUCAGAGACAAUAAACAAAAGCUGGAAGACUAUGUUCUUUGUCUACUACGAAAGAAUGGUGAACCCAAAACCAAGAUCGAAAAGAAAAGAAAGCAACGUGAAGAGGAAGAAGUUCUUGAAAACAAUUAUGCCUUUGAUGAUGGUGAAAAAUCGAAAAGGGAGCAGGAAGAGUUGCUUGAGCCACAAGCGAAGCGGCAACGAACGGUGCCAUCCAUUGGUAAUGCACCACUAACAAUGCCAUCAGAAGAUGAUGCUGCAUUCGCAGCUGAACUAGAAGAGUCAUUGGAAUGCUUUGAAGGUGGGGAGAAUGGUGGACUCCAACAAUUAGCAGCCGAGGUGCAAUCAGGCCCUUCAUUUGUAGACGAUCAUGGAAUAUUUAAUCCGCUGCCGGAGGAAGACUUUCUCUUAGCGGAAAUGUUAGAAGAAAUGGGUAUGGUGGACAUGGAAGAACUAGUUCUUAUUAAUGGUAAGAGUAUUAAUAUAGAUGUGGCAGCUGAAGAAAACGUGGAAAACAGCACCCUUCUCUCUGCUCCCACAUCAUCCAUGUCUUUGGUGGAGGUCUCAAGUACUGUUGAGCAACAAAAGACAGCUGAUGAAGAUUGUUCAGAUUGGUUGGAGUCAAUCAAUUUUAGUCCUGAGGAGAACAACUUCCUUUUCAGUGAAAUGCAAUGGUGAUCGUAGCUGAUAUUGGCAUGAAAAUUGCCUAGCUGUUUAAGAUUAAUUGACAACAAUGUCAGUAAAUUUUGUUUUAAUUUGUUAUAUGUA